CCCCUCCAUCACCGCCGCAUUUUCCUUCUCGUAUCCCAGAAAAAAAAAAAAAAAAGGAAGAAGAAGAAGGAGAAGAGAAAAUCUUCGCAUUGCAUCAGGGGAAAAAAAAUGGCGAAGUCGCCAGAGCAAGAGCACCCACAGGAGGCUCUCGGCUGGGCCGCAAGAGACCCCUCCGGCCUCCUCUCUCCCUUCAAAUUCUCCCGCAGGGCAACGGGCGAGAAAGACGUGAAGUUCAAGGUGUUGUUCUGCGGGAUCUGCCACAGCGACCUCCACAGCUUGAGGAACGAGUGGGGAUUCUCCACCUAUCCUCUUGUUCCUGGGCACGAGGUUGUGGGCGAAGUCGUGGAGGUCGGAAGCAAGGUCGAGAAGUUCAAGGUGGGAGACAAAGUGGGAGUGGGCUGCCUGGUUGGAUCGUGCGGCUCCUGCGAUAGUUGCUACGUCCAUCUCGAGAAUUACUGCCCCAAAAUGAUACAGACUUAUGGUAGCAUAUACCAUGACGGGACGAUGACCUACGGAGGAUACUCCAACAUGAUGGUGGUGGACGAGCACUUCGCCAUCAAAUUUCCGCAGAACAUGCCCCUCGAUGCCGGUGCUCCUUUGCUUUGUGCCGGGAUCACUGUUUAUAGCCCAAUGAGGUUCUUUGGGCUCGACCGCCCGGGGACACACUUGGGCGUGGUGGGUCUCGGUGGACUGGGCCAUGUUGCAGUGAAAUUUGCGAAGGCGAUGGGGGUCAAGGUGACCGUGAUCAGCUCCUCUCCCAGGAAGAGGGAGGAAGCGCUCCAGCGCCACGGUGCCGAUGCAUUCCUUGUGAGCAGCGACAUCAAUCAAGUUCAGGCUGCAAUGGGAACAAUGGACGGCAUAAUCGACACUGUUUCCGCCGUGCACCCGAUGUUGCCUUUGAUUGGUUUGCUCAAACAUAACGGAAAGCUUAUCCUCGUCGGUGCUCCUGAUCGGCCUCUCGAGUUACCCGUCUUUCCCUUGCUCAUGGGGAGGAAGAUUGUGGCUGGGAGUUGCAUUGGUGGAAUCAAGGAAACUCAAGAGAUGAUUGAUUUCGCAGCGAAACACAAGGUCGCCGCCGACAUCGAGGUCAUUUCGAUCGACUAUUUGAACACGGCAGUGGACCGCCUUGCCAAGGGCGAUGUCAAGUACCGGUUUGUGAUAGAUAUUGGCAACACCUUAAAAUAAGUGUGAGGUUCCUGAAGACUCCGAUUAGGUUUCCUAUGAUGGCGUCGGUGCCCAAAUAAAUUUGACUGGCAGAUUUGACGUCGAAUGUCUGGCUAAGUUUGCUUGUCACUGAUCUUGAAGCAUAAUACUAAUAUUCAGCAAGAUUAUAUAGUUUGACAGGUGCAUUGAACAUGCAUGAUUAUCCGUAUGCGUGUAAUUCUCUGCAGUCAGAAUUCAUUGGUAUUAGAUGAACAUUUUGGUUC